AUGAAUCGUGGUCGUCGGCGCGGUGGUGUGAGUUCAGGAUUUAACAGUUUAAGAGAUGGCGUCAAGCGACGCUUAUUCGACCCUCAUGCCGUUCCUGUCUCACCUGACCCUCAUUCUGUUAUAAGCCGUCUUAUUCCAAUACCCUCGGCCCCUCCGAAAAUCGAAUCUUCGCUUCCGUUAUCCGAAUCCCAAGUCGCAGUGGCGGAACCGACUCAACAAGAAUGUUUUCGGGCCCAGCUGGUUAGUUUAAAGGUUAUACUUGGCACAGUCCCGUUUCUUACUUACGCCAUGUAAGAUAACUACAGCACUGAAACUAUUGGUGAGCCGCAGUAAAGUACUGCCCUGCUCUAACAUCUGCGUUGCAUGCGCUACUGAUGCUCUAGUUUGCUGCCGUGUCAACUGGGUAGAUCGUCCUAAUUGGCUCUCCCUUUUUACUUGUUAGUUUGAAUUGCAGGCGGUCGCUGACUUCAUAUUUGAGAACGGACCAUACUUUCAGCAAAUUAUAAAAAACACCGAUGCCGUUCCGCUCCUUACUUUGGACAGAAAGCGUUCAGAAUCUAAGAAGCAGACGGCAUGGAACAUCACCACCUCACAUCUCCUUCUUCAGCAUCGUGAAAUUGAAAUGUGGAGUGAUGGGAUUCUUCUUGGUAGCUUUUCGAAUCCCUCUGAUUGGUGAGCGGUUUGUUGCUACUCUAGUUCCAAACAAGACUUCAGCUCACAUUCUAUCACAAACCUCCGUAGUUUCUGCGCAACUACUUGUUCAUGUUAUUAUAUCAUCACAUAUCCGCAUCAGUUAGUGAAAGGUUCCGGCAUGCUACACAGGUAUUAAAAUUCUGGUCGUCACCAAGGUCCGGGACUGUGGUUGCCCAUGAGAAGUUCUCGUCAGACUUUUCCACCGAAACCCGUAUUCCCCAGCCUACGAACCACAGUUUGCGGCUCGGUCGAAUGCACUAGUGCCGAUCGACUCAGUGGGCUGUCAUAAUCGUCCCACAGUUCAUUCCCAAGGUGUUUUUUAGUUUAGACCUAGCCACCUUCCUAUACUCGGUACAGCUGUAGUUACGCCUGAUCUAGCUAGCCUGCAUACUGUCGCAUUUACUUCCUGUACGCGCUCGGUGACCAACGCCCGAGGAUCUGACAGGCCCGACCGCCACAACGAAGAUCGAGUGUCCGAAGGUCCAGGACCUAAUUCCAUGCCUUGAUGAAAUGUGUUUAGCCAGGUUUUAGCUGAACUCUGCGCCGCCCUCAGUAAGGCAGACGCAUUUGUUCCAGAACGGCGACACGGCGCCCGUGGGCCGAGAAAGUGCCUUAACUACCUUAGUCGUAUUUCGCCAAUGGCCCGAUAUAUCCUCGCGGUGAUAUAUCAACGCGAGUGGUUUAGUCCGGAGCGGAGUCAAUGUACGUCAUUCUACGGGCUUCCCUCAGGCAAAGAUAGUCAAGAACCUUCAGUUUUCCCUCGUCUUCGAUACCCGUAGCCUGGCAUGCACAGCCGUCGCAGAGAACCGCUCAGGCGGGAGUCUGACAUACGUGGAUCUUUGCGACGCUUUGGCGUGAGCACUCCGAGCGUCGCCUUGACUUCAGUCAACCACUAACAUCACUUCCUUCCUAAGUGGGCAGUCUCGUCCCAGGAAGAAAUAACUACUACAGACACAAGAUAGACACCCAGAUAGAACGGCAUCGGUACCGGCGCCCUGGCUCCAUAAGGUGGUCGAGCAAGCGUGAGAGAUAGGAUUUUCCUGGUGACUGAUGCCAAUCCCUUUGAUCUCCCCCAGGAAAGGUAAUAAGACGAAGUCUGUGGCGAGGUUAUUAACUUGCAACGAGGGUUUGCGCGGCCUCAUUGUUGAGGUUUUUAGGGCGAGGCCAGUCUAGACUCAGUUCCAAGCUGGAAAUCAACGCGCCUACCAAAUUUGCCUAUUAUGGUGCAACUUGGAAGUGUGUUAUAGCCACCGGCAACUGACGUCGGUUUGCAUUCUUUAUGUCUUUGCGGCCUUCUAUUCCAUUCACCACGAGUUAAUGGCGACCGUUAGGGCUGGGCAGUGCAAUAGCCAGUGACUGGGACCUACUAUCGCUCUACCACUGCGCGGGUUUUUGCCCACGGCGGUUCGAAAUUGUCUGCUGUUCGAUAAGGUAACAUAGUCUCGCCCGAAAAACUUAACUAGAUUUUCGGCUGGGUUCUCGAGAGGGCCGUACACGAGUUUGAAGGCGUUGGAUUUACACCAGAACGAUGGCAAAUCGUCUCAUUUAGAGUCACUGUACAGGGCCUCAUUGUCGGCGGCCAGGUCAAGCCCGUUGUAAGGGCUUUGGUGGUGUUCUUUACGUCUCGAUGCGUAUGCUUGCUCGAACCUUGACAGCCGUUGAACAGAGUUCACUUAUAGGCAGUAGGGAAUCGAGAAACUCGUAUAACUCUCAGGCGUCGUAAGAAUUCAACCAGACGGUACCGCCAUCGGCAUGUGAUUGCGGCAUAGGCGAAAUUCUAGACGUCUCUCUGGACGUAAACAAUCGUUAAAAAGACGUCAAACCCACCAGUCACCCCUAUACUUAGCGUUUUUCAAUUGCAUUUUAGGUAUCCGGCGGAAUUGAGCUCUCGCCUUAGGGCCAAGGCAGCCAAGCUCCUCCCUGAAAAGCGUUUUAAACCCUCAACCGGCGCUAAUCACAACCGAGAGGACCUCGACAAUCUGAUUUCUGACCAAGCCAUCGCAGAUGUGACCACAACAAAUGGAGGUAGUGGGUCCCAGACGUUGUUUAUGCGUUUCAGACAGUCACCUAUAAAGAUUGCUGGAGAUGAGAGUAGGGGCCUUGUCAUCGUAUACAACGCACUGAUGGUUUCUCGCAAUUUGAAUUCCAUUUUCUACAAACAAAUACUGACGUUAAAAAGAUCGCAGUCGAAGACUGAAUUCCCAUGCUUUUACGGUUUUCGAUAAUGGACGGCGGGAAUAUGACAGUGCAGUUUCAAACGGAGCAGCGCUAGGUAGACUGGAAAGCCACUUCGGACACGUAUGGUUGAAUACAUAUUGGCGGUAAGAAAGGACUGACGGUGCUGAUUAGCGGUGGUGCAUGGUGUUUUAUUGGGCGGCGAGCAACAGUUACAAAACUGCUUUGGUCGUGAACUUCGCACCAGUUUUUGCUUCCACAAAAUGACAUUGGGGGUGAAAUGGAGGUGGGCGUCACUUUCUCAAAAUGAAAUUUUUGGUCCGUGUGUUUGACAGGAGGGGUACUGCAAUCUGGCGUCUGCGGCAGCGUCUAGCAAACACUGACCUUUGUUUUGUCGGCUGCUAUUCUGGCGUUAAGCGGGGGGGGGGGGCAGUGGAGGACAUUUACCUACAAAAGGAAAGAUAUCAUUGCAUAAAACUCCCAAAAGAACGCCUGAAGCUUUACAAAACCAACUUCUGGCCGACCAAUAAGGACGCGCUAGUUAGAAAACGCCACUGAGCUUAUGUACAUCGCCUCGGGACAUAAUGAUCGCAAAUGCCCGCAAAUUGAUUGACAGCAAAGUCGUUCUUUGUCACUGUCUUCUGUUCUACAUGCUAGCUGACAGCAUACGAUUGGCCAUGUAUUACGUCCCCAAGUUGUCUGUUGCCAGCCGUUAAGUAGAACAGAAGACGAAAGGGAACGGAAAAUAACUGCUGCGUCAAUCACUACUUCUGCCCUAGAGCAGCAUAUAUACGCCUAGGGGUGUUUCCUAACUAGCGCACCCUGAUUGGUUGGCUUUCGAGCAAAGUGGUGGACAAAGACCCGUCGCGAACUGCAAGCAGAGAAGGGACUCGCUGAUUUGCCGACUGACGCACGCACGAAAUAACUGGCACUGUUAUGCACUGGUGGUUCCCUGCUGUGCGUCUACAGUGAUCGAUAGGGAUGUUGCGUCUAAAGGGCAAUUGAAAAAAUAAGGACGCCCGAAAUAUGGGAAAUGAUUGCCCAAUGUCGGCCUAACCAAUUUCCUGUUUUGCGUCAAUAAUCGACUGUGUCUCGCCGUAAGCGCAAGGGCAUUAGUUCCAAUAAUUAGUGACCGUUUACCGAUAAUGUCCUAGCUCACAGUCGUAAAGUGAAGGCUAAGGUCGCAGUCAUCGCCAGAGCGUUGUGUACAGUGACGGCAGCGGACGCCUUCUCAUUAACCCUGGCCGAAUUCAGCUGAGUUAUAGUGCGCCCGCCUGCGCGUCUCGAGGACGACACAUGGGUACACACUGCGGCGCAUUCCUGAAAUCCACGAUGGUUCUAGUUCAUAAUCCCAACUAUUCGGUAUUUGGUCUGGCGUGCGGCAAGGUAUCAUUCUGCCUGCCGUUCAUACCGAUGUACUACGUAAUUGGCAGGAUUCUUGAGGAAUUUGUGCACGACUUUGACAACGUCGGAUUUUCAUCCAAACACUGGCUGACGACAUCGACCACUUCGGUGAUGUCGCCAUUCUAGCCUCAAACUCUAAUGAACCACAGAAAGUUGUCUCACCUGUGGAGGAGGUAGAUUAGUCGAUUCAUCCAUCGACGCUAUCUUUGCGUCGCGUUUGUGACCAAGAGAACACAUUCCUCAGGACAAGUGGCUGUCGCCCAAAUUGAUGGUUCUAAGUGUUUCUGCAGAAAUUGGCUGUAUGUGGACCCGCUGCGGUAUUUCUGUCGCUACAGAGACCUGCGUGUGUGUGCGUACGGAAUUUGGGAAGUCGUUCGACAACUGUUGCCUGAGGACCUGAGUGAAGUACAUAGACUCCGUCUCGAAUCACACAGUCCACACUGGCUGCAACACCCCAAGACAGCCAAGAAAGAGGGCUAACAUGGUUUGAACAUCUCUCAUUGCCCUCCCUGAGAGUUUACCUACUGCACUUGAUCCGACGCCGCUGCUCACCCGGAGACGAUGAAAAGGUUAAAUCGGAGCCUGGCCAAAGACAGUCUCAGGAGGCACGGCAAAAGGAGACGUGUUUACCCAGUGAACGCCUCCUUUUCCUAACGUAGCCCGUCAAGAAAUGGAGGUUGUUAUUGGACCUUCGGUAUUUGACCUAUAUCGGUAUGAGAGAGGGUAGAUCGAAUUUUCCUAAUUUGCUGUCACAAGUUGUUCUGCGUGGGGAGGUACAGUCUGCGACAUAAUCAAGGCCGCUUAUACCAGACACGAUAAGUCACACCAGGCACAACUAGUGCCCCUAUAAGACGAGCUAAUGUACGGUUAAAUAUGAUGCAAAGAACUAGAUUACUACGAAGAAUCAUUGACGUUGCUUCAUGAGACUCGAGCAGCCGCGAAAUACCCAGAGGCGCCUUUAACCUAAUACCUGACCCGUCCCUACUGUACGAUUUUUGGCUAGUGUUUCCGACGAUCUGGCCAUCUGUACCAUCGAUGCGGUUGUUUCGCCCUACUCAGGGUCAAAUUCGACAUUGCAAAUCCCCUUGCGCAACGAAGACUCUUUUCGUAUUUUAGACUUGGCCCUAGUAGUAAGUAGUUAAAUAAAAAGUUUAGAAAUGCACUGGGAUAAUGGAAUUGCCUAAGUGGAUAGGGUCUUAGUUAACUCACCUACCAUAAAUUCACCCCACCACCUUACAGAUGACGAUGCCGCCGACGGCCCCGAGGCGGGACUAGGUCUCGAGGGAGAAGAGGGUGGUGACAGCGACUCCGAGGACGCCCGCUGGAAUGGCGAACAGAUGGAAGACGAGGACGAGGAGCUUGACAAUGACUACUGCGAAACGUACUUCGAUAACGGGGAGGGCGAUAUUGAUGAUGGCAACGUCCUCCGUGACGACAAUGGCGACGGCGUCGAGGGCUACUACGACUAA